CGGACCGAGGGCGGGACGUGGGGUGACGGGGGCGCGGCGAGGCAGAGCUGAGGCGGCGGCAGGACUGCGCGGCGGCCCGGACGCUCGGCAUGGCUCGCCUGGUGCUCGGUCUGGUGAGCUGCACCUUCUUCCUGACAGCGAAGGGUCUGUAUUCCUCUAGUGAUGAUGUCAUCGAAUUAACCCCAUCAAAUUUCAACCACGAAGUUAUUCAGAGUGAUAGUUUGUGGCUCGUAGAAUUCUUUGCACCAUGGUGUGGCCACUGCCAAAGGUUGACUCCAGAAUGGAAGAAAGUAGCAACUGCGUUAAAAGGUGUCGUGAAAGUGGGCGCCGUUGACGCAGACAAACACCAGUCCCUUGGAGGGCAGUAUGGGGUGCAGGGAUUCCCUACCAUCAAGAUUUUCGGCUCCAACAAAAACAGGCCAGAAGAUUAUCAGGGUGGCAGAACUGCCGAGGCCAUCGUAGACGCUGCUCUCAGCGCCGUGCGCCAGCUCGUCAAGGACCGCCUGGGCGGAAAGGGUGGCGGAUACAGUUCUGGAAAACAGGGCAGAAGUGAAAGUUCAGGUAAGAAAGACGUGAUUGAGCUGACCGACGACGACUUUGAUAAGAAUGUUCUGGACAGUGAAGACGUGUGGAUGGUCGAGUUCUACGCUCCUUGGUGCGGACACUGCAAAAACCUAGAGCCAGAGUGGGCCGCUGCCGCUACCGAGGUCAAAGAGCAAACGAAAGGAAAAGUGAAACUGGCGGCCGUGGACGCCACGGUCAACCAGGUGCUGGCCGGCCGCUACGGGAUUAGGGGAUUCCCUACAAUCAAGAUAUUUCAGAAAGGCGAGUCUCCUGUGGACUACGAUGGAGGGCGGACGAGGUCUGACAUCGUCUCCCGGGCCCUCGACCUGUUUUCCGAUAACGCCCCUCCUCCGGAGCUGCUGGAGAUCGUCAGCGAGGACGUCGCCAAGAAGACGUGUGAGGAUCACCAGCUGUGUGUCGUGGCCGUCCUGCCCCACAUUCUCGACACUGGAGCUGCAGGCAGAAAUUCUUAUUUGGAAGUUCUUCUGAAGUUGGCAGACAAGUACAAGAAGAAAAUGUGGGGGUGGCUGUGGACAGAGGCUGGAGCCCAGUCGGAGCUGGAGAGCGCUCUGGGCAUCGGAGGGUUUGGCUACCCUGCCAUGGCGGCCAUUAACGCGCGCAAGAUGAAGUUCGCUCUUCUCAAAGGGUCCUUCAGUGAGCAGGGCAUUAACGAGUUUCUCAGGGAGCUGUCUUUCGGGCGAGGAUCCACCGCACCUGUGGGGGGUGGGGCCUUCCCCACCAUCAGCACCAGAGAGCCCUGGGACGGCAAGGACGGCGAGCUUCCCGUGGAAGACGACAUUGACCUCAGUGACGUGGAGCUGGACGACUUAGAGAAAGAUGAGUUGUGAGGGGCUCACAGAGACCCUCGGUCUCCUUUUCUUGGGAGCAGAUUUUCCCAGCAGUGAAGGAACGUUUUGUACGCACAGGUGCGUCUGCCAGUGGCCAUGUUAACCAAGAAGUAGCACUUGAUUGGUCACUUGAAAACACUGCAACAGUGAACUUUUGCAUCUCAAGAAAACAAUGAAAAAUUCUAUGAAUUGUAGCCGGUGAAUUGGGUUGUACUCUGUCAAGUAAUAUUUUGAAGAAAACUGAUGGGCUGUUGAAACACUUCUCCCUCCCUCUGACUGCUGCUGGGUGUUCUUGGAGGCUGUUUCUUAUGUAAGUUUUUUAAUGUGAUUCUUUCAUUUGAAUAUUAAUGGCUUUUUCCAUUAAAGAAUAAAAUAAUAUUUUGGACAAUGCCAACAAAUGUAUGAAAUUAGUGUCCACAUCAUAGAUUCUGAGUCUGCUGUGUAGCCAGUAAAUUAACAUGAAUGUCUGGCCCUGAUGUCUUUCCUUUCUAAACACCUGUGGUUCGCCGGCACCAUCUGGGUGCAGCUCCAACACAGGUGGUGUGUGUCCUGCCUGGCCAGGCUGCCUCGGGGACGUGGGAUGGCCCCCCGAGCUGCGUUCUGUGCCCAGCGCCAUCUGUGGCCCAGCUCCAGUGGCUGUUUGGGGACACAGCUGGCUCAACUGUGCUCUCAAGGGUUUCAUGUCACCGAGUCCUCACAGAGGGUCCGUGACAACAAGGCACACGGCAGCAGGCAACCAAUUUGGGGGCUGUCCCCACUGAGGUGAAACAUUCAGAAAAAUGAAGUUUUGCAGUAUGUUAGAAUACGAGUCAAGAGCUGGUUGAAAGGACUGAGCAUUUCUUUAUUGUAACUUACAAAAAAUAAAUACAACUGGAACUAA